AUGUCCAGUUCUUCCAGUGGGCUAGCUUCCGGGGCAUCGUUCAGAGGUUUGCUGUCGCGUGCUUUUCAAACUUCAAGAACCACUGCUGUUGGAGAUGUUCGACUGCCGUGGGAAGUUGGUGUCUGGGGCGAGAUUUUUGGAGAGCGUGAUGAUGUGCUUCGUGACGCUCAGUUUGUAUGCCCUGAGGUCCCGCAUGACUUUCGGUCUGAGGGUGAUGGUGCUCCGGAGGUUAAGAAGAGACGUACGGAGUGCUCUGACUGGAAGGCUGGGGCCAUAGCUUUCAAAGUCGUCCGCCGCAAAGCAGACGUGUCAUGGGAGGAUCAACGUUCUAAAGAGCACGACAGGGCCUUGGCACGUUGGCUUCUUGUUAUUUCGAGGUGGGAUGAUUGCUGGCCUGACUUGGAAAUUGUCAAGGCCAUGGCUUCCAUAUCGGAUAAUGAGGGGCGGAAGGAUUCUCUUCUUGAUUGGUUGCAUCCGCGAGCCCCUGCAACUUUGAUUAAGAGGGUCAACAGCAUUCUGCUUUAUCACAAGGAGGUGGGCUGGGGGCAGGAGGUGGUGCCCUACCGCGAACACUCAGUCUACUGUUAUAUGCGGGAUGCCAAGGCGGGCGGGGCUAAACCUUCGCAGCUCGCUUCUUUGAGGGAAGCUUUGAUCUUUGUGCGGUUUGUCUUUGAUGUGCCGAGCUUGGAUCCCAUCGUGAAGAGUCGCCGGAUUUUGGGCAUCACCCGGCGUGGAGCCAAGCGAGGGAGGACAAAGGCCCAUCCAUUGCGGGUUUGUGAUUUGGAGGUGUUGCAUAGACUUCUUGAGUCUGCUGAUUCGGUGUGGGACAAGCUGUUCUCAGGGGCGUGCCUUGCAUGCCUGUACAUGCGCGCUCGUUGGAGCGACUUCCAACACACCUGUGCUUUCAGCAUCGACUACAGCGAGGAGCAUGAGCCUGUGUAUUUGGAGUUCCGUGCAGAGGUAUUUAAAACUAUGAAUGCCAAGUUCUUCGAUGGUGAACCGAUGAUUUGGGUCGCACCUGCUCAGGGUAUCUACAGGCACAACUGGGUGAAGCUCUGGAUGCAGGUCAGGCAAGAACCCGAGCUUGAAUCAUGUCAGCCUCCAUUGCCUGUACCCCGCGAGGGAGGUGGAGCGACUGCAGGGGCAGUCCUGACAGGCGAAAUUACGGCUUGGUUGCAGCGUGUACUUCCAGGGCGCGAUGGGCUCAGGACGACUGCUCACUCACUCAAGCGGACUUGUUUGUCGUGGGCGAACAAGAGGGGCUUUGAUCCACGGGAUAAGCUCAUUUUGGGUGGCCAUGCGCAUGAUGCUUCAAUGGUUGAUCGUUACGGGGAUGAUUUCGCGGCAAGGCCGCUUCGCCUCCUGGAGAGUCUCCUUGCGGAGAUUCGUUCGGGGGCCUUUCGACCAGAUGCUUCAAGGGCUGGGCGUUUGGCAGCUGUACCUGGUGAAUCAGAGUUGCGUGACAGUAUUCCGGGGUCUUGGGCCGAGGUUUCUGAUCCUGUAUCUGCUUUUGAGCCAGAUGAGGAGUGUGACGAGGACGCUGCAUCCCCCAACUCCCCGGACACUGGUAAUCUUAAUGCCGAGGAGGCGCAUGCUGGUUCGGGAGUGGACAUGACCGAUGUACCUCCAGUGGUGGUCUCAGAGACGGAGGCGAUUCGCGCCGACUUCAGGAUUGGAAUUCCAGCCCAACCGAACUGGGACAUGCAUUUUGCGACGAUCGUAGGAUGGAGUCUUGGAGACAUGCAUUCUUGUGCUGCCGAUUUGGUGCUUGAUUUUGGCUGCGACCCGAUAUCUUCUGCCGCCAUGGCGCUCGUGGACAGCGAAGCCGCCUUUGCACAGAGGUGCAAAGAAGUGGACGCCGAGGGCUUGCGUGGUCGACCGAAGCUCCUCGGCGUCUCCCCUGCCGCGGAAAAGGCGGCUCGCGAGGUGGAGCAGCGAAAUCGCCUUGCCGGCGUCAAUACCGAGCGAGAACUCGUACCGUCACAUGCACUCAUAGAUUUGUGUCAUCACAUGGUGGAGCUCAAUUCUAUCACGUGGAUAUCUCCGAGCAAAUGUACCAGCCGCGAAUCGGAGAUCCAGCUCUCCACCCGUGAUCAAUCUAAGGUUUUCAAGUUGGAGGAUCAUACGCUUAAGGUUUCAUCCGAGGCGCACAAGGAUGAGGCCGAUUACUCCUCGUCUCUGAAGUUGCAGUGGUGCCUUCAGCGCCGCGGCCUUGCGUUGGAUCAGUGCAAGCUCAUGUCUUGGUCUGCGCGCGAGAAAUGGGUGCGCACUCUUUUGCAGUCCAUGACCCGUGACUGCCCGGCUGAUUUCACUCGUCCUAACCUAGCCCAGAUUGUGCAGGCUGAUCGUGAGGCCUUUCUCAUCAUGGCUGCUGAGGUGCGUGAUUUGCGGCCCAAUGUGGACGGGUCAUUCCCAAUGUCUGUUGCAUUGGAGGCCUUGCGGACUGACCCUCGCAUUACCAUGUUCUUGAUGGCUAUGCCCUUCAAACGGUCCGUGGCUGUAGAUGCUGAUCGGCCCCCGACUCCACCGGGUGCUGCUGCUGCUGCAAAGACACGGUCUGCCAAGCGUCGUGAACGGGAAAAGCGUCGUCGUGAGGCCGAGGCGGCUAAGCGGACGGGCGCUGAUCCGCCUCGACGUGCUGACCCGCCUAACAAAGGUGCCCGCUUGACCCCUCCCGCCGAGCUGGCAUCAUGUCAUCAAAAGACCGUUGACGGCAAACCCAUUUGCUGGUCGCACAACUUGAAGGCUGAGGCACUGGAUGGUGUGCGGCCAUUUGCCAAAAUUCUCUUUUUUCCUGCUGUGCCCGACGCUGCUGACCGCUUCCCGUGUGAAACGGAGGCCGAGUCACUGGCCGUCACUUGUUUCUUGGAUGGGCGCAUCAAUUAUGAGCAGUUGCGUCUCUUGAUAGAGACGCUUCCGGGGGAGAAGCCCGCGCGUGCUUCGGGUCAACCUGUGCCCGUGGGCGAACCUGCCAAAUCUUUUACAACCGGGGCGUAUGUGUAUAGUGAUGUUUGUGGCCUGCGCGCCAACGCCCGCUGCUUUCCAGCGACUUCUAUGUUGCUUGCAUCCAUUGUUUCUGCAAUUUUCCCUCAUGCAUCUUUCAGUGCCAUCGCGCUUUUUCGGAACAUCUCUACACCGUUGCAUUCUGACGAGAACAAUGAACUUGGAUGUGACAACUUGUUGAUUCCUUGUUCUCAUUUCGAGAAUGGUCAGGUCUGGAUUGAGGGGCCCGGCUCCGUACCUUGCCUUCUCGACUCGACUCUUACUGGUUCGUUGCUUGAGACGGCUGGUGGGCCCACUCAGUUCAAUGCACGACUCCGGCAUGCCACUUGUGGCUGGACUGGGCUGCGACUGAUGCUUGUGGCCUUCCAAGUGCGUAACAUUCGUACACUUCCCGCUGAUGACCGGGACACGCUGUGCCGUUUGGCCUUUCGGCCAUGCCGCGUUGCGCCCAAGCAUCCUUCGGCGUGCGCUAGCCUGGAGUCGACUUCUGACUCGUGUGCUGGCCAGCCGUCAACCGACAUCAUGAUGUGCACAGACUCCCCUUCGUCACCAGGUUCUGUCAACCCUGCGUCUUCUACUGACCAGUGCGUUGAUGUGCCUGUGCUGGAGCACGACCUCAACAUGCUCCUGGACAUCAUCCGUCAAGAACGUGCAGAGAUUGCUCUUGUGCAUCUCGCACCGUCGGUUCAAUACCCGAUGGGCUUGCCCACUCUCGAAGGCCAGGAUUUGCUGCGUGUUACGGCGGCAAAUACGUAUGCUGCUGUCGGUCGCAUAGUUCAUGUCGCAACCUCCUUCGACAUUCGAGUUACGGUGGAGAACCCGGCCAAUUCGUUGGCCUGGCUUUGUGACGGUAUGCAUGAGCUUCUGUAUUACCCAGGUGCAUCCGAGGUGCUGUUCGACCACUGUAUGAACGGUGGCACUCGUGACAAGUGCACGCGGUGGUGGUGCAAUGACCAUUUCUUUGAUUCCUUGGCACUUCGGUGCUCAAAGGAUCACCCGCAUGCUUCGUGGAAGCCACGAUUCAGUGCUUCAGGAAUCGACUUCCCAACGCACCACGAGGCUGCCUACCCCUCCCUGCUUUGUGAACGCAUUGCUUCCUUGUUGGCCGAUGCUCAUCCACAUGUGACUGCUCUGCGCCCUCGGCCGGCGACGCAGGUCUUCCUCGACAAGCAGCCUCGCUAUGCUCGACCUUUGGUCUCUAACUAUGCGGGUUAUGAUACUUGGGCUGUUCCGUUGCCCCGUGAUGCCUGGGCUGAUCGUAUCCUUCACUUGUAUCCCAAGGGCUCAAAGGUGCUGCGACGCAAACUUGUUCCAUGGGGCAGAGUGCGGGUUUGCGCCAAGUCAGUUUGUCCAUUGUGGGAUAGACAGGCGACUGCAUCAUGGGAUGUCACAGUCAAGUUUGCAGAGCCUGACCGGCACGGCGGCAUGGAGUUCGACUCGGCGUGUGAGGAGGCUGCCACUCACAAGGUGGUAGCCCUGAUUUUUCCAAAUGAGUGCAGGCCUACGGAUGACAUGGCGGAGCUCCUGUGCUUCGGUAUUCCAAGGGAGCCUGAUGACUUUAUCCGGCACGCUGUCAUGGCUGGGCACCCAAGAAACCUUCUGCAGGAUGCCGUGGAUGGGCCUGCCAAGUCUGUGGCUAAGUGUGUCCUGCUUGGCAAGCAAGAGCGGGAGCAGCUAGUUACAAGACGGAAGGUGCUUGCCAAUAAGAACGUGCUUUUCUGGCGGGACAUCCUGAACUUGCUUGAUUUUGCGGAUGUGGACCUGUGGAAGGACCUGAAGCAAGGCUUUCGCUUGACGGGGUGGAUGCCGGCAUCAGGAGUUUUUCCAAAGCGGCUGCGACCACCUGCUUUGACAAAGGAUGAGCUCCUGUCUCAAUCAGUUUAUCGGACCCCUCUCACGGUGAGCUCGAUUGCCAAGGGUGCCAAUGAUGAUGUGGCAAAGGCUACUUGGUCGGAGACCAAGGCGGAGAUCGAGAAGGGGUGGAUUUUCCUUGAUGCCUCGUACGAUCCUCUCCGCAUUAUCCUGUCAAGGAGAUUUGGGCUGCAACAGCGAGACAAGACUCGCGUGAUAGAUGACGGCAAGGCGAGUGGUCUUAAUCUCCUGUGUGGCUUGAUUGAACAUUUUACUCUACAUGGCGUCGACGUCAUUGCUGCGACGCUGAUCUGUCUGCUGAAGCUUGCACGAGAACGCAGGGGACGUCUCUUGGGCAAAACCUAUGACCUGGUCAGCGCCUACAAGCAAUUCCCUGUACAUGAGGAAGACAGGAAAGUUCUCCGCACCGGGGUUAUGAAUACGGACACUGGCGAUGUUGCUGUCUUCGGCUCCAAUGUUUUAAGCUUCGGCGCUACCGGAAGUGUGGCCGGAUUCCUUCGGAUUUCUGCAGCGCUGUGGCAUGCAGGCGUGCAGGGCUUGGCCAUCCCUUGGCUAGCCUACUAUGACGACUUUCCAGUCUUUGCUUUCGAGGAUGAGGCGGAGUGUGUGGAACGAGCCGCUGAUGCCUUGUUCGACUUGAUGGGCGUAGAGUACGCCAAGGAAGGAAAGAAGGCGACGAGUUUCGGCACUUCCGUGUCGGCUCUUGGGUUGGUUUUCGACCUUGCUGACUUCUCCAACGGUUGUGUGACGAUCCGUCACACAGAGCGAAGGGCUCAGGAGCUGCGGGACACUCUGGGGCAUCAUCUGGAUCAAGGGACUUUGUCGCCCAAGGAGGCUGAGGUGCUGCGUGGCCGUUUGCAUUGGUACAGCUCGUAUCUUUUUGGGCGAGGACCAGCAGUUGCUAUGAAGACCUUGUCUCGCCGUGCUCAGGGGCGAGAAGGUUCUAACUUUGUGAACGACGAGCUUCGCGGCGCGUUGAGCAAACUUCUUGACCAUGUUGAGAGCGCACCACCUCUCCGCAUCAACGUGGCCUCGGGAAGGACCUUCUUCCUCUUCACGGAUGGAUCUUAUGAGCCAUCGGGGGAGGUGGUGGCAGGCAUCGGUGGGAUUCUCUACGACGAUGCAGGCAUGCCUGUAUCUUUCUUCAGUGGAUCAGUGCACCCGUCUGAUCUGGAAGCUAUGCUUGAGACGUCGUCACAUCCCAUUUAUGAGAUUGAGCUCUAUGCGGUAUUGGCGGCUUUCCGAUGCUGGGGAUCCUUGCUCAAGGACUCCUUCACUGUAGCCUACAUCGACAAUUCGGCCGCCCAGGCCGCCUUGGUUGCAGGUUCGUCGGGCACCGACCUCGGUUCGAGGAUUGUCGAGUUGAUUGGUGAGGCUGAAUCUUCAGUGUUAUGUCGGCCGUGGUACAGCUGGGUGCCCACUCACUCGAACCCGGCUGAUCCACCAAGUAGGGGUGAGGUUGCAGCAAGCAGAAUGUUCCACACGCAACGAUUGCUAUCUGGAUGA